CGUCCUAGGAAUCAACUAGCGAGCCACUACUUAUUCAUAUCAGCCACAUUUGCUCAUCGUAGAUAUGUUUCAUAUGUGUGCUGUUAACAGAGCCCUAAUCGAACUGAACGGGACAUCAGGGCUCCAAUUGUCUGGGCUUGACUUCCUGCCUGAUAUGAAUACAGUACUGUGUCCUGGUGAUGAAACCUACGACAGCUUGAGCCGGCAUUCGUACUCGCCCUAACGAAACUCCCGGACUGUCGCCACAUCUUUCUCAUUCAAGAAGGGGCCCCUCACUGCGCUUCACGCCCCACUAUGAAUGUCCUGGCCUCGAGGAGUUUGAACUUCCCAUGCUUCACAACAUCCAGUUUCACAGAUGUCGAUAUCUAUUCAAACUCAGAGGAUCUUGGAUGCCAUUUCGCCCGUCUGCAGUGUACCCCAAACAUUGUGAAGCAGAUAGACGAUGCGGUGUUUGGUAUCUGGGCGGCCGCAUAUAAAGAGUUGCUUGAUCCACCAACCUUUGUGUCCAUGGCAAGACAGAUAAUUGACGUUAGAGAAGCAAUCGAAGAAGCAAAUAUGGCACUUAUGAAUGAACACGUCACGACGCGUAAACGGUUGACUAGGAGGAGAUUCCGAUUUUCUGGUCGGCCAAAACCAAAGGAACAAAGUAUUUCCUCCAAGCUCAUGAUCUUGAAUGAAGUAAUAACGAAAUUGGCGAUCGUCUUUGAAACUGCAGCAUUAUUGGAAUGUAUACCCCACUUGGAUUAUAUGGAGCUACCUUAAACCGCUUCGAGCAUGCCCUGUAGAGACGAAGUCACGUAUUAUGAACUUGCACGAAGACAUACCGAUAGUACUACUCAGAUGUCCAAAAUUCCGGGGAAGA